AAGCACCCACCAGAGGCGAGACCUCCGGACCACCAACGCAACGCAGGCAGGCGAGCGACCUCUGCGAUCAGCUAGCGAGCCAUGUGCCGCGCCACGACCAUGGAGGACGGCCCCCACGCCGCGGGCUUCCUCCGCCCGACGUCGACCCUCGACAUCCGCGCCUUCUACCUCCGCCUCUCCUCCUCCUCCCCGGCGCCGGCGGACCUCGCGCUCGUCUACCUCCCGGCCAUCGGCGGCGCCGCGCUGGGGCUCAACGGCCGCGCGCUCCCGCCGGCCGCGCCCGCGGAGGUCACGCUCCGGCAGGUCGCCGGGGACGCCUACGCGAGCGCCGACCGCGUCGCCGCCGCCGAGGGCGCGCGGUUCGAGGUCUACGCCGGGAAGGAGAUGGCGGCGGAGGGCGUCUUCAGGCGGCGCCGCGGCGCCGGGGAGGUGGGGUGGCGCGUGGAGUGCCGCCGGGCGGGGCCGGUCGCGGUGGCGGAGGUGGUGGUGCUCGCGGAGGGCGGCGUGCUGAUGAGGGACAGGGCGAGGGCGACGUCGAGGCGUGGGGUGGGCUGCGGGAGCACCAGGCUGGAGGGGAUCCCCGAGGAGGCCACGGACCUCGGCUGGGGGUGCCAGUGUGGGUCCUGCGGCGAUGAGGAGUGGGAGGUGGUCUCCGACGACGGCGAGCCGUGGAAGGAGGAGGAGGAGACGGUGAGGUGGGCGAUGGAGAUGGGGGUGUGGGCCGUGUGCCUCGGCGUCGGCCUGCUCGCCACGGCCAGGCGGUUCCGGCGGAAGCGUGCCUUCUGGUGAACGCCGGCCGGCCGCCGCUCAGUCCUUGGCACCGUCGUCCUGCCAAGACUAAAUUUUUGUCUGUAUAUUAGUUCCAAGUGUAAACUCGAAGAUUUAGUGCGAAUUUCCCAGUGAUUUCACGAGUGUACAUUGCAUUUGAAUAUUUGAUCAGCGAGGACAGACUCUUGUGCAUCUUCUGGAUGAUCCCUG